CAAAUACUACACCCCUCAUCUUCACAAAACUCACCCUGAAAACCCCUUAAACUCCACCAUGUCUUCUCAGCUUUCUCAAGAGCGGCUCCAAGAAAAGGCCGAAAUCUAUCAUGGCCAUGAAAUUUGCAGGUCCAAGUACUUGGAACUCCUCAAAGAAGUGGGCAUGCCCAAUGGCCUCCUGCCAUUAGAGGAUAUUUUGGAAUGUGGGUACAUAGAGGAGACCGGUUAUGUGUGGCUUAAGCAGAAGAAGAGCACGCAGCACUAUUUCGAUAAGAUCGGGAAGCUUGUUUCCUACGCGCCGGAGGUGACUGCAUAUGUCGACAAGUUUAGGAUGAAGAAGGUUACAGGGGUGAAGGCGAAGGAGUUUUUGUUCUGGAUUUCGCUGAGUGAGAUUUGUGUGGAUGAUCCUCCCACCGGAAAGCUCACAUUCAAGACGCCGGCUGGUCUCUCCAGGAGCUUCCCGGUGUCGGCUUUCGAGGUCCCGGAGGAGAAGAAGAAGGUGGAGACGAUGGUCGGCUGUUCUCAAGAGAAGGAAGGAGUCGUGGAGAAGGCUUAGAUCUCCCUCGAUCUAUCUACAUAUAUGGAUUCUCUAUAUGCAAUUUUAUUUACAUCGAUUUAAGCUUUGAAGAUGCGACACUGGGUGAAGAAGAUUAAGAGCAGGCCUAGAUUUGCUUUGUUAGAUCUCCAUCUCUCUCUAGUCAUAUCAUAUGACUCUAUCUCUUCCCCUCUCCUCCAAAUAUGAGCAUUCAAAAAUCGAAGAUUAACCUACAACUCUCUCACUCCACCUUUUUAUGGCUCAAUAUUGUUGGUAUAUAUUUUAUAAAUUUUUUUUACUAUGUAGUAGUUCAAAGCAAUGUAUUUUUUAUUGUUGUAUUUUUAGUUUUAAUUAAGCUGAAAAAGAUAUUAGGUGUUAUUGGUUUAGUGCGAUCAAAUAUUUGAAUGGGUUUUAUGAUGUCAA